AGCUUGCAUUUUCACCCAAUGAUCAUACUGUCCACAUUUAUAAACUGGCAGGAAAUAAAUGGCAGCCAGAUUGUGUCUUGACUGAGGUAAACCUUAAAAAAUGCUACACACUUGAAUAUACCAGUAAACCAACAUCACUGUGUCCUCCCCCCCCUUGUGUUAUCAACAUGAUUUAGAUGCAUGUUGGUAGGAAAUCUGCAGGAUUGGGCCAAAAAAAAAUAUGUGGGUUUCCGGUUUCUUCUUAUAAAAACUUAGGUAGGGUAGGUUGGUUUUAAUUUUUUUUUUGACUUUUUUUUUAAUUUUCCGAAUAAGCGGACGCCAUUUUGUUUAGUCAGUGCUUCCACAUCCAAAGAUAAAUUUCCCUAAUAUUGCCUCAAAUUUCAAUUUUCCACAAACUUUUUCCUCUAAGUGGAAACACUUACAAGCAUGAUCCAAUAAAAAAGUUUAGGAUAGGGAUGCACCGGAACCGGUUUUUUAAGUUCCGGCCGGAACCGGAUCCGACCGGAACUGGAAAAAAGUUCCGGCCGGAACCGGAACUAAUUUAUUAAGCCAUAUAUAGUCGUAUGUUACUUUGUCCGCUGCCAGACAAGCAGACACUUCAAAUCAUCAAGUAGAGAGUUCGCAAAUGUCUGAAUAAAAAGACUGAUAAACGUUAAACGUCAUAAAGAAGUGUUAAUAGUGUACAUUUUCCUUGCGUAGUCCAACUUUCUUCCUACUGUGACCUUUUGUUAGACACAAAAACGUUUGAUAUUCUAUCUCCCUGAAAACAACAGAGUUCCGGUUCCGGCCAUGCUUUUUUUACUAGUUCCGGCCGGAACCGGAACUCUAAAAAAUCGGGGUUCCGGCCGGAACUAACCGGCCGGAACCGAGUUCCGGUGCACCCCUAGUUUAGGAUCGGGAUUUCGACGUCCAAAAUCUAGGUAGGGUCGGGAAACCGGAAACCGACAUAUAUUUUUUUUUGGCCUUAGUGCUAACCCUUGUUUAAAAUUUAACGUGCUGUUUCAGUUUGUGUAUUUCUGCACAUCUGUUGGUAGAACAUUGGACUUGUAUCCCAAAGGUUGCAGGUUUGAUUCCCACCAUGGUAAAGCAAACUUAAAAUUCAGCUUGCCCGUUGUGGAUAACACUGAUGCACACAAAAAGUAUCAUAAAUAAAAUUCUGCUAAUGCAGACAAGAGUCCUAGAAAAAUAUUUCCAUGUUUAAAAACAAACUGUUAGGAAGAUUGCUUUGAGGAUUUUGUUAACCAGACGGUCCUAUAGGAUUAAGCUACAGUACAUGCAGUAAGCGACUUUUGAGCACCCGCGGCCCCAGAUGAACUUGCCAACGGAUCCAUUCGGCCAGGAUUUGAAUUAACAGUGUGCAAUUUGCACAUUGUUCUGGACCAAAUAGUGAAAAUUGCACAUCACUUUUCCAAACGAUGUGCAAAAAGUCAUUUAAAAACAAAGCCAAUCUGUUGUCUUAUAAUAUAUAAACAAGUGCUUUUGCAUGCACACACACAACGUGGAAGGUGUCAAAUUUUAUUCAUUAUGACAGACAAACACAUGACUGAUGUGUGUGUUACUGUAUGUGUUAGGCGUAAAAAAGAUACCUGAGGUUCCGGUUUCAUAUCGCAAAAAAAUUAGGGUUGGUAGGUCGGAAACAAUUUUUUUUUGGACUAGUUUUUUCAUGUUUUUUUUCAAUAACUAGUGUGACAACAGACGCCAUUUUGGCAGCAACCCGCAACCACCCGGAGAAAAUAGGGUCGCACGGUCAAUCGCGUUGACAUAAUAAUAGGGUCGGCAAAAAAAAAUAGGGUCGGUCGGGAACCGGAACCACAGAUUUUUUUUUACGCCUUAGGUUUGUAUAUCAAAGGUUGCAAACAAUGAUUAAAAAGUAUUCAAAUAAUUAAAUUAUUGCAGCUUGAAUGAGUAUUGGAUGAGUAGCUAAGACAAUCAUGAACCUAUUUAUUAAAAAAGUUGCACAUAAUUUUUUUCUCAACUACCGGUACUGUAAUUCAAUUGAACCCUGCAUUUCUGUAGGCAUACUGUAUAAACAGGGAUGUGAAUUCCUGCUCUACCCCCUGCUGACAAGAUGCACACUGUUAAUUUGCUAAUGUUCUUGCCAGAAACCACCCGUUGAAAUUAUUAAUUAGUUACUCUCUCUGGAGGGGCCUGUACCGGGUUCGGAAAUCCCGCCAUCCCGCCUGAUUUUCACUUCAAAUCCUGUUAAACCGCCAUGCCUCAUCCCAAUUUCCCGCUCCCAACUUUUUUUCUAACAUUGUUCAACAUAUUAUGAUUUAAAGAACAUGGUAACAACAUAAAAUACAAUUUGAAUACACUAGAAUACAAUACAACAAAGUUUCAAAAUAAUAAAUGACUCUAAAUCGCGACUCUUAUGAAAGCAGCAAUCAUACAUGUAAGUGGGGGAUUGAUGGGGGACAAAUGUUCGAAAGCGAUAUUAUCCUUGAAAACAGUAAAUUUUGAGCACACAAACAAAUGACAAUAGAUCAGCUAACGCACGGCUACAAGUUUUGUUGAUUUACCCCGCUUUUUUUAGUUACUUCCCGCAUAUCGCCAUGGUAUUUUUAUUAAUCCCACUUUCCGCGAUGGAACAAAAUCCCGCUUCCCGCCAAUAUUUCUCUUAAAAUCCCGAAUCCCACUUCAAUUUUAGACGCAUCCCGCAAAACCGGUACAGGCCCCUCUCUCUGUAUUUGACCUUUCCAUUCACAGCUAGGAUUGUUAAAUGUGCACUAAACUAGAUUUGUCAAUAGCACUGGCUUUUGCAUUUAUAUCUUUUGCUUUUGUCACUUUGGCAAAAUCUAUAAGCUACUGCACGACUCUCUAUUUAACCCACACUCUGUUAUAAGCUGUGCUUCCACCUAUGGUACCAAAUAUGGCUUGCAGUAUGUAGAUAAGCCUCCCACCAACUUAAAGGUUUUACACUACUGCAGCACAAUCUUUUCGAUGCAAUUCCAUAAAUUGGUUAAGAAUUUUUCAAUGACUUGGAUAGGUUUACAGUGGUAAUUUCUCUAACAUUUCAGCACGGUCAGAAUGUAACUGGCAUUGAUUGGGCAGCAGAAAGUAACCGGAUUGUCACUUGUGGAGCUGUAAGUUUAAUUUUUACAGUAUUGAUACAACUUUAAUGUGAAUAGUACAGAUAUUGUACGAAGUAUAAUUGUAUACAAAAGUAAUGGCUAGUUUUUAAGGAAUACUUUUUAUUGCUUUUACGCUUCCAGUUGUUGCUGCCACGCUUACUGUAUUUGCAUAAUUACUUCAGAGGUCGAGUAUAGCAAAAAUAAAAAGACUCUCAGAACAAUUGGCCACUCCCAAAUAUUUUAUUAUUUUACUCUUUGUAAUGCCAGACAGAUUUAAAUACUCAUCAAGGGGAGAGUGCUGGUGCUCAAUGGGUUAAAAUAUGAAAGUACAUUAUUUAGUACCACAGUAAAUCAGUCUCAAGUGGUAUGAUUUUCAUUCUUACCAAAUAUUUUUUAUGCAUUUGCAUUAUCAAAGGAUCGAAAUGCGUAUGUAUGGACUUUGCAAGAGGGAAAAUGGAAACCAACAUUGGUCAUUUUGCGUAUCAACCGUGCAGCUACCUGUGUGAAGUGGUCUCCUAAAGGUACAGUGUACACAACAUUUUACCAUGAUCAAUAAUAGAAUAUGAAAUAGUGAAGCCGGUUCAUGAUGAGUUUUCACAUGGGAAGUUUUAUUUCCCAACUGCACAUUAUGUACGUACAGCAAAUUUUCUAUGAUAAGUUUUUGGUUUUCUGGCCGUUCGUUACGAUUGCUAUACCCCGAUUUUUCAGAGUUCCGGUUCCGGCCGGAACUAAUAAAAAUGGUCGGAACCGGAACUCUGUCGUUUUCCGAGAGAUAGAAUAUCAAACUUUUUUGUGUGCAACAAAAGUUCAAAGUAGGAAGAAAUUUGGACUACGCAAGGCGCGAACUACGUAACACUAUUAACACAUGACGUUUAACGUUUGUCAAUCUUUUUAUUCUAACAUUUACGAACUCUCUCCUUGAUGACGUGAAGUGUCUGCCUGUCUGGCAGCUGACAAAGUAACAUAUGACUAUAUAUGGUUCAAUAAAUCAGUUUUGGUCGGAUCUGGUUCCGGCCGGAACUUAAAAAAAUGGUUCCGGUGCACCCCUAACAGGGUUCGUACGGGUCCUGGAAAACCUGGAAAGUCAUGGAAUUUCAAUAUUCCAAAAUCCAGGCCUGGAAAUCCUGGAAGAUCAAUUUUAGUCAUGGAAAGUCAUGGAAAAUUGAAAUUUUACCUAACAUGAACAAAGUAUUUUACUUAUUUCAAUUUACCAGUCAUAACAAUGGGUCAUUCCAGAAAAGAUCCAUACCCCCCCCUACGGAGGAAAUCGAAAAUAACCCCCUCCCCCCUUCGGACAUCCUUGAAUGGUUCAUCCUCCCCCCCUCUCCGGACAUCAAAGCCCAAAAUUACCCCCCUCCCCUUCGGACAUCCACUAUUUCUAAAUUUUUCUAAAGGCUACCUCGCCGUUUGAAAACGUCACCGAAAAUUAGACUGCGUUCACACUACGCGCGAGCGAACUAAUGCGGGCAGAAUUUACAUGUGUCCACACUACCGCCAUUACAGUUUGUUUACAAAUUGAAUUAGAUAUUAUUUCAAAUAGACCCAGGAAAUUUAACUGAAAAGCAUUCGAGUUUACACGUUUGUGUUGACACGAAGCUUAAUCAAGCGCUCAAUUGUUACGGCAAAAGUGACGUGAAAGUUUUCAAACGAUUUCGCUCCAGCGUAGAGUGAAUUAGCGACGGCUUAUUGUGACUUUUCUACGCUGUUUUCAAAUAGCUCCGGCGUGGCGGAACACUUGGCGGCUUCUUGUGACUUGCCAACACAAACACGUGGCAGGUUUUGUCGGAUAAAUAUUUGCAGAAAUUCACUUCGAAAUUCGUUCAAGUAAAAUUCGGACUGAAAUUCGAUGUAACUUGCAACUGAUUGACAAGCGUUGCUAUGUUUACUUACAUGUUAAUGUAUUUUUUUGUAUUACUGCAUUCCUUAACCUCGCCGUUGAUAUGAAAGCCAUUUCUAUUUUCUAGACACGCACCUCGCAAGGAAGCUUUACUGACUAUAUACUAAAACAAAUUGUUUUGAGUUCAGUUCACAUAGCAGUCUCUUAAUUCGAGCAACAGUUUAAUAACUAUUAUUUUUAACACUUGAAUAAUUCAAACUUAUAUAUACGAACGAAAACUGCAAAACUUUACUUUUAUAUAAAUAAAGCGUGUCAAUUUUCGACUCAUUCUCAACAUGCAGGAUACGCUGUUACAGCGAGUUAGUUUUUGGUGGCCAAGCAUGCAAAAGCGGGCCGCUUAUUUUGCUUACGAGUUACGUGGACGUAUAAUUAUUGCUGUUACAUAAACGUUCCGUUGUUCAAGAGCUACAUAUAGCCGAUAAAAAUUGCGUGCUCAUUAUGAUCGCCGACCACAUAGCUUUAUCACAGUCUCAAACCUUCAGACAAACAUAUCCACAUUCCUUCCCCCCCCCCGGACAUCCUAAGACAUUUUUCCUCCCUCCCCCUUCGGACAUCCUAAGACAUUUUUCCUCCCUCCCCCUUUGGACAGCAAAAAUUUCCUCCGUGGGGGGUGGGGGGGGGUAUGGAUCUUUUCUGGAACGACCCAAUAAUAUGAAUUGUUGUUAUAUAACGGAUUUUUGCAAGAGCGAAGUGAAUUUUGUACUUUUAUUAUUUCUGUUAUCAUUAAAAUAUUAACAAAUUUCAGAAAUUCCAGACUUCCAGGUCAUGGAUUUUGAAAAAAAUGGUCAUGGGAAGUCAUGGAAAAGUCAUGGAUUUUAAAUGGGAAAAGGUGUACGAACCCUGCCCUAAUCACAUUAAUUAAAUUAGUGAACUCAAUGUUUUGUCUGGCUUUUCAGAGGACAAAUUUGCUGUUGGUAGUGGUGCAAGACUGAUCUCAGUUUGCUACUUUGAACAGGAAAAUGAUUGGUGAGUAAAGUAUUGUUUGAUUGUGCUGAUGCAUCCUCUCCUAUGAAUAGGUGACAAUGCUUAAUGUUAACCCAUUAAGUGCCAGCGCUUUCCCCUUGAUGACUAAAAUUGCAUGACCUUAGGGUAAAAUAAAGUACUGGGGCCGGUUGUAUCAAAGGCGUUUAGCUUAAACGGUGGAUAAGUCAAAAUUAUCAAUCAAAUCUAUGAACUAUAGACUACAAGCAAACAUAACGUUUCUGUCUAAACAUAACAACUAUGAAUAAAACUACACAUUUUGUUGAUAAAAUUUAAGUUUAGUUAUUUACAAGAUGAAUAGGGAUGUUUUUAAAUGUUUGCUUAUCCACCGUUUAAGCUAAACGCCUUUGAUACAACCGGCCCCAGUAGUGCACAUUAGGGCGCAAUGCAACUUAAAUAGACUACCAGAGAGUCUGGUUAAUCCAUUGAGUGCCAGUUCCACUUUUUUGCACAUACUCAAAUAUAAACUGGUUUGUUCGUUUCUUUUAACAAUAUCAACCCCUAGUAUACAAUGUCAUGUUUCUUUUCUCCCCGUCCUUUCCCGCUCUUUUUAACUAUCCCCCAUCGCUCCUGAUAUCCCGCUUUGUCCAACAUUAACACAAUAUAUACAUAUACUUCAUCCCCUAUCACAAAUAGAUAAAAUGAAUACUGUUCGUAAACAAUCGUGUUUACUUGUAAACUGGAAUGGUCGUCCGUUUCCGUUGACUUCGUCUAGGCGGUGGUGCUGUAUCUCUCUUUUCCAGGCAGUAGCUCUCGUCGUCGUCAUCGUGCUCAAUUACUUCUGGCCAUUGGAUGUCGGCGUACUGCAUGCACUCCUGUUUCUCUUCGUGGUUGUCCGGUCGACUUUUCGAAGGUUUGAGAUCAUCCGGGUGGCGACACAGGGUGAGACCGCUUCCUUCUUGUUGUACCGUGACUAUGUUCCCCUCCCUGUUCAUAUCAAUGAUCUUGAACGCUUCCUGGAGGAAGAGAGUGUCAAACUUUCUUGAUUUAUUGUAGUUUCUGAUCAGGACAUUGUCGCCGAUUACGAAAAUACGAAAUGAGAUUUCUUCCGGUACUUGGAGCCAUUUACUUUACUUUCGUUUUCCAUUUUCUUCUUCUGGUCUGCUUCUCGUGCCCUGCCCAUCUCUUUGUCUGUUGCGUGUCUUCUAGGAAAGUCCAGGCGUUGUCCAUGGCGGAAAAUCAUAGCUGCCGGUGGAAGAUUGGUUGCCGGGUGAGGUGUCUGUCUGUAGUUUUUCAAGACAUUUUUUAGGCUUUCUUUUUCGGGAAUACCGCUGUGACGCCCAGUUUUCAUAGCCUUGCCCAAGGGCCGCAUAAAGGUUUCGACUGGGUUCGAGGAGGGAUGUAGUGGUGGUGAUUUCUGUAACUUGAUGUCUUUGGUCUUGGCGAAGUUUUGCAUCUGAAUGCUGUUGAAUGGUGGACCAUUGUCUAAGAUCUGUACAUCUGGGUUGCCGUAUGUUUCGUAAAUUUCUGUCAAGGCUGGUAUGACUUUGUCUGCCUUUGUUGAUGUGACUAACUUUGCUGCAGGGUAUCUUGACGCUAGGUCUUGUACUACCACCACAUGUUUAGAUGAUGUGGCAUUGGUCCGAAUAAAUCCACUGCAACUGUUUCCCAACACUUCUGUGGUACUCGGUGUGGUUUGAUCGGCUCCUUCGUCUUCUUAUCCACAAAUACCUUGCAGUCACUGCAUGACUUUACAAACUCUUCCACCUUCUUAUCCAUGCCGUGGAAGAAGAAAUUAUAUCUAAGCCGUCGCUUCAACCCCUCCUGUCCGGGAUGGGCUCCCUUGUGUGCAAUCUGGAUAGCUUUUUCUUGGAGCUUAGUCGGAAGGAUGAUCCUUUCAUCUUUGAGGAUUAUGCCAUUUCCUGUAACUGUGAGUUGUGGAAGGAUGGGUCGAAAACGUUGAACUUCGGCAGGUUCUGUCUUUGGGAUCCAAGUCUGUCCCUUCUUGAUGAGUGCCGCUAUCUUUUGCAGAGUCUGGUCUUCACUUGUGGCUUGUGCAAUAGCACCAAUACCCACGCAGUCGAUGGCUGGUGUUGUAUGAAGUAGGUACAGGAGAUUAUUGAGGUCAUCCGCUUCAGUUUGUUCCUCCCGAGGUAGUUUCUCGAUUGGUUUCGCGUGUCGGGAUAGGUAGUCGGAUUGGUUAACUUUCCCACACUGGUAGAUUACCGUAAAUCUGAUGUCUUGAUGGCGGAGCUUUAUUCUUUCUGUACGAAUCGAGCCUUUACGGUUGCCGUUGAAGAUAGAGCAUAAUGGUUUAUGAUCAGUUAUAACCUGGAUAUCGGUUGGGGAACCAAGGAUAUAGUUGCGAAAUCGUCGUAGAGCAAAAUCAAUACCAAGGGCCUCAAGGUCGAUUUGUGGAUACUUCUGCUCGGCCUUGUUUGUUGUUCUAGAAGCUAUAGCAAUUGGUCUUGCGCUCUCUGGUGUAUCUCCUUGUGCCAGCAUGGCCCCAAGUCCAGUAGUGUGUGCAUCGGUGAAAAUGAAAGUUGGCUUGCUCAUGUCGAAAUACUCGAGUAGGGUAUUUACUGUGAAUCGUUCGAUUAAUGCUUCGUAAGCGGCAUGGUGUUCUUUCGUCCAUGUGAAUCGACUAUUUUUCUUGGUCAGUUGUCUCAGUUUGGCCGCGUGUUGUGCGAAGUUUGGAAUGAAAUCGGCAUUGGACUGCAUCAUACAGAGAAAACUGAUCAAUUCUUCCUUUGAUCGAGGCGGUGUGAUGUGCUUUAGUGCUUCCACUUUGGCGGGAUCUGGUCAUACUCCUGCGGAACCAAUACGCAAACCCCAGAAUUCGAUCUCAGGGGCUCCGAAAGUGCACUUGCUUGGAUUAAGGGUUAUGCCAGCGUUAGUGAUGGCUUGCAUGACGGCAGUAAUCGCGGAAUGGUGUUCUGCAUCGGUUUCUGUUGCAACAAUAAGGUCAUCAUGGAUGAGGUGUGCUUGUGGAAUAUGUGCGAAAAGCGGUUGAAGAGCCAUGUUAAGUUCUUCUUGUGCUGGCUUUACGCCCAUGGUGAGUCGCUUAUAUCGGUAUAGUUUAUCGUUUGCGUGGAACGCUGUAAGGUACCGGGAAUCUGGGUGGAGUUCAAGUUGCCAAAAGGCCGAUUUAAAGUCCAUCUUCGAGAACACCUUCGCUCCGCUAAGUUUAGCUUUAAUGUUUUCUUGCCUUGGGAUGGGCAGGUUGGAAGCUUGGAUCGCUUUAUUGACAUUGCGAGCGUCAAGGGUCAUACGAAUGGCGCCGUCCGAUUUGGGUGCAAUAACUGCGUUUGACACCCAAGGUGCUGGUUCUGUUGGUGGAUGUUCUUCAAUGACAUCUUGGGCUACCAUCUUGUCAAUCUCUGUUCUGAUACGUUCCUUCAAGUGAUAUGGCACUGGUCGAGCUGGGGAGGCAACGGGUUUAACACUGGGGUGGACAUGCAGUUUAACUUGGUGGUUUUUCAACUUUCCAAGCCCUUCAAAAUUCUGCGGAUAUUUCUUUAAGAUGUCUUGAAGCGCUUCCUUUUUGCUACACUGGAUCAUCUGUACUGGUUGGUAAACUUCGGCCUGAGGGUCAAACUGGAUUAUCCCCAGUUGUACUGCACUUUGUCCUGCAAGUACAGGUUCACAUGGUGUAUCAAUUAUGUGCCAAUCAACUGGAAUGGAUGUGGAGCCAAAUGUGACAGCGCAUUUGGCAAUUCCAAUAACUGGUAUUGUCGGGCUGUUAUAUGGCUUGACCUUGGUCGUGGUUGGGACCAUUCUGGACAGGAGGUUCCAUUUUUGCGCUUGCUCUCUUCCACAGACGCUGAUACUUGUACCUGUGUCAGCCAACACGUUUGCAAGGCUAUUGUUGAUGAUGACUUGUGCGUUGAAAUCUCUGGUUUUCAUGCGUCUCUUAUGAGGUUGUUGGUGCUGAGGUGUUUCGGUUAUUCUGAAGAUGUUGAUGCUGUAGACGCCGCUGUGGUCAUGAUCUUCGAUUUGAUGUUCUUGUUGUUCGCUGUCGUUUUUCAGUUAAUUGAUUGCUUUCUUCUUCCUACAUACAGUUUCAUAGUGGCCAAUUGCAUCACAGAAGUUACAUUUGCUGGUUCGUGCUCUGCAGGAUUUGAGGUGAGCAAUAACGGAUGUCUUGAUGUCUUGUCUGCAGUAGUAACAUGACCGGGGCUUUCCAGCCUCAGGUUUUUUCUUCAUGUUUUUAAAGGAGUAUUUACCCAUUUUGUUGACAGGAUUUUCAUUGUUGAGCUCUUCCAGUCCUUUGGUGGCACUUUCAAUUCGCAUUCCUUCCUUGCGUAAUUGUUGGAGGUCCCAUGAAUUCUUGAGGGCUUCCUCUCUGAUCUUGUCAUGUGUAGUGCCAAUAAUAAUCUGGUCAUGUAUGGCUGUAUCUUCGGCAGUGCAAUCGUCAUUGUGACAUUUGAAAUUGCAGUGUUGAGCUGCUUUAUAUACGCGAUUGCAAAAUGUCGGAAAUGACUCAUGGGCGUCCUGUGCCAAAGACCGGAACUGGUGGUUUUUAAGUGUAAGAUUUUCUGUUGGUUUGGUUUGUAGUGCUGUUGCAUUGUUGUCACGAAAUAUUUCCACGUCACCUUAGCUCUUUUGGAAUCAUCCGGUUCUGCGACUUUCCAGUCAGCAAACAAUCGUUUCGAUGAGAAUAUACCGAUGAGUUUUGUCACGCGAUCUUUUGAUCGCCAUUCGUCGCGAAUGUUGUCAUAGUCAUCAAGCGUUGGCUUUUUAUCGUCGUUUGCGAGUUUCCAUCGUUCAAUAGCCGCAUCUAGAGAUGUUUUAGAAGGAUCAGGAUAUUGUGCAUCAUAUCGGAGCUCGAAGCUCUGGAUAAAUUCGUCAAAAGCACGUAAAGUGUCGUCUGGAUGAAGAUCAGGGUCAAAAUAUAGUGUUGAUGUGCUCGCCAUGGCCGCCAUAGUGGUCGGUAUUUCAGCUUUUGGUGCUUUGUAGUUGUAUAUAUCUGAUUGUGACGUAGUCAAUGUCAGGAUAAGUGAUUUUUUUAAUCCUCGUCGCCAAAUAUAAACUGGUUUGUUCGUUUCUUUUAACAAUAUCAACCCCUAGUAUACAAUGUCAUGUUUCUUUUCUCCCCGUCCUUUCCCGCUCUUUUUAACUAUCCCCCAUCGCUCCUGAUGUCCCGCUUUGUCCAACAUUAACACAACAUAUACAUAUACAUGAUUAGUGUGGCGUUCUAAUAUUCUGUCUAGAAAACACCCAUUUACUAUUUACAGUAUAGUUCUAUCGAACGAGAUGUCUCAAACUCUCUGUAUUAUUUUUGCAAUUUUAUUCUGCAGGUGGGUUAGUAAACACAUCAAGAAGCCAUUGAGAUCAACUGUUACCAG